GCACUGAGACGUCCACUAACCUGCACCAGAAGCUGUACUAUCACGUGUUGGGAACCCCUCAGUCUCAGGACGUCCUGUGUGCCGAAUUUCCCGAUCAGCCGAAAUGGAUGAGCGGUGCUGAGGUGUCUGAUGACGGCCGUUAUGUGCUGUUGUCCAUUCGAGAGGGCUGUGACCCCGUCAACAGACUGUGGUACUGUGACCUGAACGCCGUGCCGCAGGGAAUCACUGGUUUGUUGCCAUGGGUGAAGCUGAUCGAUAACUUCGAUGCGGAGUAUGAAUACGUCACGAAUGAAGAAACCGUUUUCACUUUCAAAACCAACCUGGACGCUCCUCAGUAUCGACUCAUUAACAUCGACUUUGCCCAGCCGCCCAUCAGCCAAUGGAAAGAGCUCAUUCCCCAACACGACAAAGAUGUUAUCG